AUGACAAGAACUCUAGUUAUUCUGAUUUAUCUCUUAUUGGUACAAAACACAAGCAGUGUGAGACUUGAAGUUGCUACACGGAUAGUGUUGAAAUAUGGUGAAACCAUGGCAACACAAUGUAAACUUGUAGAUAUAAAUGUUGAUGAGUACACAGCGGAGGACGUUGCUUGGUAUAAGAAUGGACAUCUAUUAUCUGAAGAUAUGUAUUCAGCUGUCAAUACAACCACAUCACUGUUAUCUCUAUCAAAUGUAACUUUUGAUGCAGAAGGCAACUAUUCAUGUCAACUCAAUCAUCUUGAUCAAGUGGUUGCUAUAGCGACAACAGACAUUGUAGUUGGAAGGUCACCCAGUAUCGCUAAUUUUUCCUGUGUGUGUUACAACAUGGGUGAAAUGUGGUGCACCUGGGACCCAGUGGAUAACAAUCUACCAACUCAGUAUGUGUUCACAUGGAGACUGCAUUAUGAGCGUCAAUGGAGAAACUGUCCAGAUACCCAAGAAAAAGGGCCAAAUUCAUGUUAUUUUGACUUUUAUCAGAACCUUGGUUCUUUGCAUCGCAUGAGAGUGACCUCAACCAAUGAACUUGAUAGUGUCACUGAUGAUAUCUGGUUUAACCCAGACACAGACACUGUCCCAUACCCACCUGAAAAUAUAUCGCUGAUACCAAAAACAGCAACCUCGCUACAAGUGCAAUGGAGUCCACCAAGUGACUGGUAUUCUGAUUAUUUCUUUCUGCAAUAUAAAUUACAGUACUAUAGCGAGUGGGAGCCUGGUGUGUGGUCGCAGGAGCUCUCUGCAAGUGCACAGAAGUCUUACACUAUCACAGGUCUGGAGCCUUACACUCGCUACUUUGUACGCGUAUCCGCAAAGCCGACAGCAGUCGAUGGUCACUGGAGUGAGUGGUCGACAAUUACCAUUGGACGUACAUUGGAGUCAGCGCCAACGGAGGGUGUAAAGUUAUAUCUUUCUCAAGAAAUCCCCCGGGAUAACAACAAACGUGAUGUCAUCAUAUCAUGGACACCACCGUCACCAAGAAACAGUAAUGGCGUUAUCACAAGUUACCACAUUUCUGUGAAACAGGAAAAUCAUGAUAAUCCAAUGAACGAUGCAAUGAAUGUAGUAGUUCCAGCAAAUAAUGACACUGAAUACACUAUCAUAGGGCUGGAUAAAUAUAUAUCAUACUAUGUGUCUGUGAUGGCUAUCAAUAAUGCUGGCACUUCACCUCUCUCAGGAAUUCGUAUUGUUGAUAAAACAACGGCUCCUGGAGAACCGAAGAUAAAGGAUGUGAAAUCUAUUUCUGAAGACACAAUUGCUAUAUCUUGGGAAGAGCCUGACAGACCAAAUGGUGCUAUCAAGAAUUAUGUCUUGUCCUAUGCUGCUAGUCCACUCAUUGGUGGAGAACAUCAACAGUGGCAUCGUAUCACAGUCAACAGUUCAGUAUUCUAUUAUGAAGUAAGCAACCUGAAAAGUUCUGUUCGAUAUGAAUUCAAAAUACAAGCUAAGAAUAGUGUGGGUUUUGGUGGUAAUUCACACACCGUUACAAUGUACACCAAGGAGUCAGAACCGAAUGGUCCUGCAACCAAUUUAACUCUGCAUUCUAUAGAGACUAAUCCGCACAGUUUAUCAGCCAGUUGGAUCCCUCCAUGCCUUGAUGAUAGAAAUGGAAUUAUCCGGGGCUAUAUCAUCAAAUAUUGCCCUCAUGUCACGAAUGGUAACAUCUCUGGUCAGAAAUACCCAUGUAAAAAUGAGACAAUAUCUCAAGUUAACUAUACUGUACUCAAUCCUGAAUCAUUGGAAUCCAGUGCAUCCACUUGUCACUAUGACAUCACUAAUCUACGUCCAAAUACGGAGUAUGCAGUGUGGGUUUUGCCGUUUAAUAAUAAAGGUCUAGGAAGCGAGGCAACAAAUAUUGUGACUACAAGAACCAGCGAAGGACCACCUGAAGGUGUACCUGUGAAUUUGCAAGUACAAAUUGUGACUGCUUCAAAACUUGCUAUUAUGUGGGAACCGCCAAAAGAACCGAAUGCUGUCAUUACUUACUACGACAUCACAGUAGUCCCAUUGAAUAGUUCCAACUGUCCCACAAUAGAUAUGCAAUCCACAGCAUAUACUGUCACAUUCUCAGAUCUAUGUGGGUUUGAGAUGUACAAGGUGAUGGUGAAGGCUUGCAGUGAAUCCAAGAUACCAACAGGACCAUGUGGCAACCAUUCAUCACCGAUAUAUGUAAGAACUGAGAUUGGAGCUCCUGGUAUUCCUAGGAAUGUUAUCGCUGCCGCUGAAGAUUCCUCUACUAUUGAAAUUGUGUGGUCUCCCCCAGAACGACUUAAUGGUCCUCUAACUGACAUGACAUACCAAGUAUCCUGCUGGAAUAAGAUCAAUUCUGAACCUGUUAUACUUAUUGUGGAAAGUAAUGAAACCAGGAUACGAGCAGACUGUGAUAACAUUAAUGAAGGUGUACCAGGCAUUUGUACUGUGCAAGCAAUCAGUGCUGAGGGACAGGCAGGAGCUGUCGUGAAUGUGGAACCUGAACCACUUGUAUGCUAUAAUCCUGAAGUUCUGCCUUACAUCUUGACGCCAAUUGGUAUAGUGGUCUUUUUGGUUCUACUGGGAGUUGUGAUAAAACUAUUUUGUAUAUAUGCAAAGAAAAAGGAAAUUGAUUAUCAAGUUCCAAAGUUAGACCAUACCUGGAAGGAAAUGCCGGCUUUUCAAGCAACUGAAGAGUUCUGUGAAGGUGGUUAUGAUACUGUUGGCAAUCAGACAACCCAACUGGAUACUAACCAGAACCAGGAAAAUAAGGAUCCAGAUAUCAUCAGUAACCAGUCUGAUCCAGGUUUUGAUAUAAAUCAGGAAAAAGGCUUAAUUGUCGAUCUGGAAUGUAACAUAAAGCAUGCUGCAAUAGAAUCUGAUGAUGAGACGGUGCCUCUUACUGUUAGUCUGCCAAACUCUGGUUCUUCAGGAAUUGAAGAUGAGUACGCCAAAAUGACAGGCAUCUCAGAUGGAACUAUGUGUCUAAAAGUUGUACUGCCAUCACAGUCAUCACCUGUAUCCAAGCAACAGAGGAAAAAUGAAAUAGAUAAUGCUGAAAUGUUACCGCAUAUGAGUAAUAUACAACUGUUGAACGUGACAGCACCAAACUUUUCGCCUCAUGUGACAGAUUUUAGUGUCAGCGACAGCGAGAAUUAUGUUAAGACAUGUCUUGGAGAUGACAGCUCACAGGAAUCCACAGAAAAACAUGGGUGUGGGACAAAUCAAGAUGAUGGAGAAACGAGUGGCAUGGCACGUUUUUAUGACGAAUCUGAUGAAGACUGUUGCGAGAAUGAACUCGAUAACCCUGUACUGCAAAGCAUUUUGGGAACACAUGAAAUUGACUCUCUGGCAGAUGCACCAUGGGAAACAGACAAGCCGCUAUCAGAACCUGUAGCAGAUGUAUUGAAUGUUAGUUUCUCAAAUCUGCCUACUGUGUUUGGUAUUCAUAGCGAUGACGAGGAACAGCGAGAUAGUGAUGCGAUAGAGAAAUGCCCGCUUGUUUCUUCCUCAGUUGAUGGUGACUAUUUUCCCAAUUCCGAGACUUUUAAUAUGCUUCAAACAUCAUCAGUGUGA